CCGAGGUGUUCAGUGACGUAAUUUCCGUUAUGAACGGGGGAGCAAAUCAAGGCGAUUGACGCGCGAGAUCAUGUAUGACGGGAGCCCGGUUUGCGAAAACAUCGGACAUUGCGGGAAAAAAGUAGCUGUCUUCAUGAAGUUUUAUGUGUCACACUUUCAGCUGUAAUCACCGGACAGAGAUCCAAGAUGCCCAUUCCUCCCCCUCCCCCUCCAGGUGGACCCCCUCCUCCACCCACCCUUAGCCAGACAAGCACAAGCCCUCCCAAGCUGAGCCGAGAUGAAGCGAAGGGCAGAGGGGCGUUGCUCUCUGAUAUCUGCAAAGUGCCCAAGUUGAAGAAAGUUGGCAUUGUCAAUGACAGGAGUGCCCCUAUGAUUGAGAAGGCGAAAGGGAGUGGCGGAGGUGUGUCUGGUGGUGGAGGGUCUUCUGCACCGGGUCAGCCAGUGGGAGGGCUGUUUCAGGGUGGCAUCCCAAAAUUGCGAUCUGUAGGAGAUGGUUCUGCAGGCAGGUCUGCGUUGCACCAUCCUGGGACUCGUUCUGCUGCCCCUCGCCCACCCAGCGGUCACGAUGAUCCCGACAGUCCCUCUCAGCAGGCCUCCCCCCCAGAGUCUGGCCGUUCCCAAAGACCGUCCCUCCCUGAUCUCUCCCGUUCCCCCAGUGGAGGCAGCAGCCCCUCUACAGGCAUGAGGCACAGCUCCUCAGCCCCCCCUCCGCCACCCCCAAUGUCCCGGCGUGGAAACGCUCCUCCUGCCCCACCGCAGAAAGCCACAGCUCCCUCAUACAAUCGUGAAAAGCCACUUCCGCCGACUCCAGGGCAGCGAGGACCCUCUCCGGCACCGAUGCGUGAAAACGCUCCACCUCCACCUGGGAAACCUCCUCCUUCUCCAGCGAGCAGCCGCUUGUCUUCAUCAUCUUCUUCCCUGGCCCCGCCUCCGCCCCCUUACCGUCAGCAGUCUGGGUUUUCCAAUGGCCCCUCCAGUCCUGUGAACGAGGCGGCCCCCGAACUGCCCCAGAGACACAACUCACUCAGCAAGAAGCCUUCAGCAGGGGGACACACACCGACACGAGGACAUGCUCCACCUCCACCACCGUCACCCACCCCACAGGCUGCCAGACCUCCGCCUCCGGCGAGAGAGCCCCUGGGACGAGGAGCAGCUCCUCCAGUUCCUGGGCAGCCGUCACGAAACGGCCGGGAUGCCCCACCUCCGCCUCCACCUCCUUACCGGACUCACGGCACUGCCUCGGAUGUCCCGAGCCGAGGCAAGCCCCCACCUCCCCCAUCCCGCACCCCAGCCGGACCCCCGCCCCCUCCCCCGCCCAUCCGCAAUGGACAUACUUCCAUUUCCCGUUCCUUUGUAGAUGAUUUUGAGUCCAAGUAUUCUUUUCAUCCUCUGGAUGACUUCCCUCCUCCAGAAGAGUAUAGACACUUCACUAAGAUAUACCCAAGCAAAGCUAACAGAGUAAUGAGAGGAGCCCCUCCUUUGCCACCUGUUGGGAGGUAAACACUGUGACCAGUCGCUCGGACUCCACCAUCGACGAGGGUUCCUCAUUCAGACCCAUACGCUCAUAAACAGACAAUCUCACAUGCACAUCUAAAGACACAAAGCCUGCACCUUAUUAACAAUCAUUCCCCCAUCGGAUAACGUUCCUCUACAUCAAGCAAACUCCAUUCUAUCACUUUUGUCUGGUGCGGAAGGUCACCGUCGCUCAGAAAAGAGUGAGAUUAGGGAAAGUUUUGCAUUCCAUCAUCAAUAAUGGACAACUUUAUUUUAUUUUUUUCUCCUUUUGAAAUUUUAAGUACCCUUAAAAUGGUCAUUGCACAUUGGGUUGGACGUACACUGAGAGCCAGAAGUGGCCGUCAGAGCCUGUAUGAAGGUAAAGCAUAGCACUUGAGAUGGGAACAGAAAGCAUGUCCCUGGAAAAUGUCUUAACUACUACGUCAGGCAACAUGUUCAAGGUUUUGUUGUUCAUUUUUCCUCUCAGUCGCCACCCCAUGUUAUGCACUGUGAAUAACGCAUCACUCAGAGUAGAACGUGUCUGAGUGUGAGCUGAACUCUACAAACUGUUACUGCUUUAGAUGUUUUUGUCUUUUGUCCUGGCCGUGCCGUUUCAGGGAACAGCCAUUACCUUUAAGUUCUCUCAGGGGGUUUGUUGGGACUUCAUUACCCUCUGGUAAGGUUGUGAACAAAAAAGUCUGAAAGUGCCAACAGAUGCUCUGCCAUUAAUAAAUCAGCAUGGCUCCUUUAGUCGUGACAUGAAUCCUCCUUUGGGAACUGGUAGGUCGAUUGCUUUUUAUCGUUUGUUCUAAAGAUGGACCAUGGGAUUUUUUUCAGGUUCGGAGUUGUUGUCAUUCAAUAUGCAUCGCACUUUGUGCCGUAAACUCACCUGCAUUUUGAAUCCUGGCUUUUCUGUCAUUUUCCCGCUACAGGGCAGCACAUCUGUGCCACUUGUGUUAUGUUUGAAAGCAGGUCAUGUCCACAUGCUGUCUACAGAUUGGUUUUGUGCAGCAUUGUGUCAAAGACAGCCUUUGAUGGAGCGUUUCAGCCAUUUAUGAAGUUGAUCUAGGAUUUUCAUCACUUUGGCAAAAAUCAAGUUCAAUGCAUGCUGCUUUUUGGGACAGACCUCCAAUAUAAACGUUGGGUAAAUUUGCAUGUAAAGCCGUGAAAUUGCUUUCUGUAUUGCUUAAUUUUCUUCUGUUUUUUAACAAUGCAUCUGCUGUUCAGAUGACAGGACUGUGACCAAGGGUUCUUGAACGGUUGUCUUAUACGUUAUAGUAUUGCUGCAGAAAUGUGGCAACUAGUCAUUUCAUUACCAGUCAUGUUCAACUAA